ACACACACACACACACACACACACACACACACACACACACACACACACACACACACACACACACACACUCAGAGAGUUCGGCUUUUAUAAAUGUUCGGGGACUAUGCCUGGACUCCACUCGCGGUGUUUGGUUCAGGUUGUGGAACAAAGACUCGAACGCACGCGGCUAUGAGCGGGAGUGUUGGCCGCGCGCUGCUCCUCCUGUGCGGGCUCGGGCUCGGACUCGGACUCGGGGUCGAGCUCCCCUCUCGGCUCGGACAGUGCGCCGGAGAGCUUUGCGCUUUCCAAGAAUCUGUGGAAUUAGAAGAGGCGCAGGAACUGUGCGGAGAAAUGCUCGGGCAGCUUUCCCCGUUAGACUCAGAUCUGGCGGUGUUGCGGCGCGUGCUGAGGAACUUCAGCGGACCCGCUUGGCUCGACUCGAAAGACAGAGCAGGGAACUGUCUCUACGUGACUCCGGAACCGCGGAAGUACUGGCGGACCUGCGGCGGCAAACUGAGCGGCUUUGUGUGCCAGUACCGGGCCGAGGACGUCUGCCGCGGCGUCACGGCGGCCGGAGGCGCUCCGGUGGGGUACUCCACCACCACGGGCUUCAGUCUGGACGGCUCGGACACCUUUCCCCCCGGAGCCAUCGCCGUGGCGCAGCGGCCCGGAGACGAGUAUCCGGACUCGAAGAGCCUGUGUUUCUCCGGACGGUGGCUGAAGACGCCCUGGAACUGCGAGGUGCUGACGGGCGGCUGCGCGCACAACUGCUCGGCAGGCGCGUGCCGGUGUCCGGAGGGACACGACCUCCACGAGAACGGCGUCUCCUGCGUCCCGCGGCCGACCCCCGCGCCGGAGUGCGGCCCGGGCUUCAGGCCGGGUCCGGACGGGAAGACCUGCGUGGAGGCGAACGGCUGCGAGGCGGGGAACGAGUGCGAGGCCGGGGGCGGCGAGUGCGUGUCGAACCACGGCAGUCCCGCGUGCCUGUGCGCGCACGGAUUCGACUGGGAGGACGGAGCGUGCGUAGACAUCUCCAUCUGCUUUCUGUGCGAGCAGGGGAAGUGUUACAAGCAGGACGGCGUCUACCGGUGCGCGUGUCUGGAGGGCUUCACGGUGUCCCCCCAAAACCCCACCAAGUGCGUGAGGAAGUGCACAGUAAGGGACUGCCCCGCCACGUGCGACAAGAACGAGAAACACCAGUGCUACUGUCCUGACGGCUACGUGGCGGACGAGGUGAACGGCACCGUCUUCUGCACGGACAUCGACGAGUGCGAGAACCGGAUGUGCGAACACCACUGUGACAACUCCUUCGGGGGCUACAGGUGCGGGUGCGCGCCGGGCUUCGAGCUGCAGGACGGGUACAGGUGCGUUCGGCUGGUCUACCAUGAGGAGGAGGAGGAGGGGGCGGAGGGGUCGGGGGCUGAGCCCCCCACGCAGAGCACCGCCACGGCGGCCGGGCUGCAGCCGGCCGCGCUGCCCCAGUACAUCAAGACCGGCAGCAUCCUGGGCAUCACCGUCUUCUUGCUGCUGUGCGUCGUGCUGCUGGCGCUGCUCACGCGCAACGCGGUCAAGCGAUGCGGCAGGUUCGAGCUGUCCACCUUCAAACACCCGGACCUGGAUAUUUACUACCUGCAGCAGGUGAGCACGGAGACCUACAAGAGGCUGUCUUUAGACAGGCAGCAGAAGAACGACCCCCAGAGACCGUGAUGGCUCCAGCGAGGACGCGCGCUUCCAAAGUCGAGCACACUGUUUCCCCCCCUCGUCGUGCGUAAUAUGGAGCGAGGGACCCUUUAAAUCCGCAACGCAUCAUCCACUGUAGAAGCCGUGUGGGGGAAUUGGACUGUAAAGGAAAUGUUAACCUGGACACUGAAGAAAUGCAAAUUCACUUGUUGUGAUCUACUAUAAAACGUCCAGCACAACGGUACUAUAAAGCUGGCAAGGUUGUUUUACUCCACACAUUUUUUAGAUCAUUUUCCAAAUGAUCAAAGCUUCCAUGUAUAUUAACUGUUAUCAACACUGGUAUUUGUGCAACCACAAUGUCCUCAGAUCUGUCACACUGUACACUGAAGGAAGAACAGCUUUUAAACUUUCCUGGUUUUAUCAUCACUGAAUCCGUGGUUUGCAUUUUCUCUUCACAGUGAAAAGACUAUUUGUAGGCGUAGGUUGGGUGUCUCAAUAUCUGAUAUAUGUGAGAUUUGGGCUGUUAAACAUAUUGCAAAAAAUUCUUUGAUAUCAGUGUAUACAUUAUAUUGGAGAAGAAAAAAAAUAGACUGGAGAGUGAUCAGUUUUCUGAGCCAAUUAUCUGAAAAUUCAACAGCAAAGAAUUUCAAACAUGAAAAAAAGUGGGAUUAAUUCAUAAACCAUUUGUUCUCAAUGAGGAACAUUUUAGUAUCUUAAUUUAGCCUCCUUUAGAAUCAAAAUAAAGUAAAUGAUAAACUUUUGGGCAGGAUAAAAUAACAAUAAUCCAUCCUAUAGUAUCUCCAGGCCGUUAUGGUCUCCAGUAACCUUCAACACCUGGAGAAAAUCCACAAUGCACUGGUGGAACAUGCAAACUCUAAACAGACAGAGAGACCCCAGGACCCAAACUUAGGUUAUUACUGUGAUGUGAAAGUGCUAACCACAACACCAUUUAUCUAAAUAUGUGCCAGUUCAUAUUAUUAACUGCAAAUGUGUAAAGAUUUCAAAUAGACAUUCAGCUCUGACUCUCUAUCUUGAAGAGUCACAGUCAUCAAACUUAUUAUCACGAUGCAGACGUGAACACGCUUGUCUGAAAGCUGAAAGUAGAUGAAGCGACGUCUUUCAAACAGAGCAGUCAUAUUUUGUCCAUGUUACAGUUUAAUCUGAGGAUGUUCUUCUUUCUUAAUCUGGUGAAAUCUUCCUACGACUGUGCGAGAACAGUUCUGAUGGAUAACUUCACAUCAGCAUCGGGUGUUUUUUUUUAUUGAUUUGUUCUUUUAUCGUGUGAGAAAACGACGAUCAAUACAAUGACCUAAAGAUGAAAUGAAAGAAUAUAUUAUUAAUUUCUGGAAUAACCAGUUAUUGAAAAAAAGAUUUGUAUGAAGUUAAAUUCAAACUAUGAGCUUCAAUGAAAACUAGAAGUUUUGUGUAUAAAGUCACAUUAAAUUCCAGUCUGUACAGCUCAAAGUUUAAAAGAAAUACAAAUAUAUAUAUUCCAGCAUUAAACCAAAGGUAUGUCUUUAUUGCACGCCACACUUUAACGCUAAAGGGGAAGAAAAAUCCCAGAAGCCUCGUUGAUUUGACACACCAUGGUUGAAGUCAAUCAUGUCAAAACUUUUUAAAAGUGAAUACUGUUGCCUGAAAACUGCUUAAAUCCUCCAGAAAAUGUUGGACGUUUCUUCUUUUCUCUUCUCUAUGAACAUUUUGAGUUCUACUGUAGUUCGUCUUGUGGAGGCCGACGUUGGAAACGUUCACACGUCACGCUGACUGCACACUGUGUUCACCAGCAGUUUAUUAACCGACUGUACAACACGCCGAUCCAACAGACAUGAAUGUAUGAGCGAAGAACGUGCUGCUAACAGUGCCUCACAGAUCUGCACCUGUUCUGGUAUGUUCCACCUCUUCCAAUUGUUACUGUACUUUUAUUUUGGUGAAUAAAUAACGAUUGACGUGUCUUGCUGUG